CGUUACAAAUGGCAACAAACAGCCCGUGUGCGGUGUGUCAUGCACUCGUGUUUGUGUGUUAGUUUUGUUUGUCUUGUCAAGAGAAAAUAACUCUGAAGUCGAAGAAGAUUAUAGCGGAAAAUAAAUUAUAGCAGAAGUGAGAUAAAGGAUUAUGAUCCGGAUCUAGAUUCUAGUUCUACAGUCUAUGGAUUUAAAUUUACAAACUGCUAUAUCAAUAUUAAUUGCUAAAAGUAUUAAUUCGUUCGUCAUAGAUCAAGAUACAGGUAGCCAGAGAUAGGUUGAAGGCUGACUGGCCGUGCAGUAAGCGAGUCGGAAUGUCAUCUCGAUGGUCUCAACUUUAAACGAGUUUGAACCCUGAACUCCCUGUCAUCCUGUCCAAGUGGAGUUCCUAGGGCCAGUCCCGUAAAAACUUGAGAACCGAGAGUCUGAAAGAUUGAAAACAUACAGAUCUAGUUUUAAGUUACCCAAAAUAAGUUGGGUACGAAAAAAUAGGGAGAAAAAAAAAACUCUCGAAAUUUGAUGGUGGAAAGACAUUGACAUCUAGUGCUGAUAAAAGGAUACGGACUUUUGAUUCGAGAUGGGGAUUUGUGUUUUCUAAUCUUUGACUGGAGUGGGGUGACAAACGGAGGAGUUCAAUACGUUUCAUGUGCAACUCUUUGUUAAAGGAGAUGAUGUGAGUGACGCUGGAUGUCAUGAGAAUAGCCAAAAUACACAAUUGUCAGAUGCGUACAGCUUAAACAAGAAAACCAAAAUCUGGGUUUAUUUUAAACUGGAAAAGAAAGUAUAUUCAAAGUUUUAAAUGAAACGGAUAUGUGAGUGAUUUUAUGGAACCAAAAUCAUUACUUUUAUUUUAGGUGAAACGGACGUUGCGCAAGAGUUACCUCCCCUGUGCUUCCUCUUUUGUCACAAGGCACCGCAAAACAGCAAACCUGUACCAUGCAUUAAAAGAUACGCCCCUGAAGAUGUCCCCUAGUGCAGCAGACGUCAGGCUUGAAUGACUACUAAUUAUGAUGUUAGAACUGACCUACUUAAGUCUGCUGCCUGGAACUGUCUACCUGGCCAUCGUCGGAUCCAUCGUCUUCUCCGUGGGCGUCUUCAUGAAGAGAUUUUUUAACAUGGCUCCACCGGAAGUGCCGACGCUGUAUUACAGAGAGUCAUCGCUUAAUACAUACAUCAUAAAUAAAAGUAAACUGAAGGAGCGCCACUUCUGUCCAAACUACUUCCUUGCUUCACGCCAUGUUCAGACCAUUUUACCCGUCAUUCUACCCAAACCGGAAGUGACGUACGAGCGGGAGUAUUUGCAAAUGCGAGACAAAGGCGUGAUCGCCCUGGACUGGGUUGUGCACCCGCAUGUCAAAAUGAAAAAGAAGACUACCAUACUUGUUGUGAUUCCGCCGCUGACAGAGGGCGCCUCCCACGUUACGCCCAUGACCCACGCUGCAGCGACUCGGGGAAUGCGUGCGGUGGUCUUCAACCGGCGUGGACACGGAGACAGCUUCCUGACCACCCCAAAAUUACAGAGUUAUGGAGACCCUUCAGAUCUCCGACAAUUGAUCAAAUACCUCAAGAUGCUCUUGCCUAAGUCCCCCUUGGCAGCCGUGGCGUAUGGGACAGGGUGCGGUCUGCUCAUGUCGUAUCUAGGAGAGUUCGGCUCAUCUUCCCUACUGACGGUUGGAGUCUGUAUUUCUCCAUGCUACGACGCUCCAGCCAGAUUCGCUGCCAAGCCUUCCAGCGUUUAUGACCUCUUGCUUAUGGUCCGCCUUAAGUCUCUCUUGUGCCGACACUCCAAAGCUCUGGCUCCAGUGAUUGACGUGGACAGGGCGGUCUCCACCUGGAGUUACCCUGACUUUCUCCGUAACGUCUACGGAGCCCUGUACGGCCACGCCAACAUGGAAGAGUUCUGGGACAUGAACGACCCUCUCCGCGAUGUGGACGACAUUGAAGUGCCGUUCCUUUGCGUCAACAGCCUUGACGACCCCAUCUGCGCAUGCGCUGACAUUCCUUACGAUCUCUUCAAGUGCUAUCCCAACUUUCUGCUCGUGACGACCAGCAAGGGAGGACACUGCGGCUUCCUGGAAGGGUUCCCUCCAAAAAGCUGGUCGGACAGCCUCAGUCUGGAUUACGUCGAGGCGUCCGUGGAGCUCACCACGAAGCCUUCCCAGCAGUCCCACCACCGUCCGCGGUUCAACACUGUGUCCGGGCAGUGCUACUCCUACUGCAACGGAACCGCUGUUAAAUCGACGGCAAGGACAAGCAGGACGUACCUUCAGGACAUGCGCCAAAAGGGCAUGUCCUCCAAGACCGGCCCCGCAAGUAUUUAUAGAAAAUCAGGAACAGAAAGAUUCACUAUAUAACAUGUAUAUCUCAAGGUUGUACAUAGCCCAUUGUAAAUUAGCAUAAUAUAUUUUUACACUUUAAAUUAACUAUUGUGAUAUUUCAUUUAAAACAAAUACGUGUCAAGACUUCUAUUCCACUUCCAUGAUGUGAGACGUCAUGAAACAAACUUAUGUUUUAAUGCGGUAUUUCCUUUUUUGGAAUUGCUUUUGUUAUUUGACUUCUAGUUCGGUGUUUCGAUUUCUUGUUGAUUACAAAAGAAUAUUCAUUUUGUACUCUAAUGUCUACGAAGUCAAAUUUUCGGAAACAUUCAAAGAAAAUAAUGGACAAUCUUGUAGCUAUUAUAUAUGCUUUGUGUUUACUGUUUUGGGGGCGGGGGGGGGGACAUCUCUGGUUAUUUUAAAGACACCUGCCGAGAUGCAUCACUUGUGUAACUUUAAAAAAAAAAUGUCAUUAUAAACUUUUGUACUAUUAUUUGAAACCUUCAUAUUAAUUUAUAUAUAGUCUAUGAUUUAGACAGGAAAUACACAAACAAAAUUAAUUGGAAAUGUCCAGAUAUUAAUUCAUAGCACUUCAAUAACUAGAUCUGGGUUUAUACGUUUUUCUACGAAUUUCCAUUGCAUACAAGUCUUUUUAGUAUAAGUUUAAAUUGUACCAAGAUACUUUUUCUGCGAGUUUUGCUUUAUGUAGUAACCAAUGGA